CACGUGAUUUGUAACUUUACUAUAAUAUUUUACGGUUAAAAGAAGUGAUAAUUUUUGUUUUUUUUGUAUAAAAAGCUUGACCUCCGAACGCUGAAGCAUGAAGACCAGAAGAAGUCUGCAGAUAAAAGAAUCUGUAAAGGAAUUGAUAUCUGAAAAUGAACCCAUUAUCAGUAGCCAGAAGACGUCACGCAAUUCUAAGUCACAAAGUCCGGCCAGGUCUCGGAAAUCGGCGACUCCUGCAACACCGAAGAGUCAAAAGAAAAGUCAAACAAAAGCAAAGAGUCCUGGAAGAGCUAAAAGUCCUUCUAGAAAUUCAAGUGUAGGUACAUCCGAAAGUCCUGCGCGGUCUAAAAGCCCUGUCAGAUCCAAAAGCCCAGCCCGAUCCAAAAGUCCAGCCAGAACUAAAGGCUCAUCAAAAUCUAAAAGUCCUCCUAAAGCUAAAAGUCCGUCGAGAGCUAAGAGCCCAUCAAGAGAAGAUUUGAAAUCGAAGAAAAAGAGUAGCCCGGUUGUAUCAAAAACAAGAGGGACUAGUCCAGCACGAUCAACAAGUCCAUCUAGAAGUGAAAGUCCCGCACGGUCUGGCAAAAGAGAUAAAAAGCAAACUGGAUUAUCCAACAAUAUGAGUCAAGCAAAGUUGUCUCCUGAAAUCUCAAAGCAAAUGCGCAAAGUCAAGCCAGCUAUAAUUGAAACUGCUAGCAAAGUGGUCAAAAGAACGAUAGAAAAAACUACAGUCAUUGAGGAGAAGUUUGAGAAAGCUAUAAUAGAUGCUAAAUCCGACAAGAAGAAGCAGGCCAAAAUUGCUGCCAAGAAGACGUUGAGCUUCCUGUGGAAAAUAGUAGUAUUCCUGACAACAGCCGCAUUCCUCAAUUCCGUUGGGUUUUACGCUCAGUUGAUGUGCAACAAAGGAAAACUGGGAUGUCUCUUAAAUCGCUGGCCACAGCUACCCACAAAUGUUCUCACUGUGUUCAGUCUGGAUGCUUUCGUGAAGCUUGCUGGAUUCUUUUUUCUGCAAGCACUUCUUGUAAUGUUACCAGUCGGAAAGUUCGUGAAGAGCGGCAGUCUAACAUACAGAGCGAAUGGGGUUUACUGUUUCUUCAUCAACAUUCUCCUUUUCGCCAUCUGCGUCUAUUUUGAAGCCCCAGUGACACAGCUGUACACGCAGCAAACGCAGCUGCUGUCUUCCUCCUCAAUCUUCUGCUUCGUGUUCAUGUUCCAAUUGUACUGUCUGUCACUGUGUAUAAAGACAGGAGUACACAGUUUGGAAGGACUGUUCUACGGCAAUGAAGAUCAUCCCCGUUUGAGAAGUUUUGACUUCAAGACUUUCUUUGUACUGAAAGCAGGAAACUAUCUGGCGGCUUUGAUGACACUGUCCUAUGUGUAUGUGGACUAUGAGGCGAAGAAGGGUGAGUCAGUGAAUGUGGCUCUUCUGCUGGCGUGCGGAAUGCAACUAUCCUACUACCUACUCAUCCAAGUGCUGGAGGCAGACUUCGAAGUGUGUUCGAUGUUGGUGAGAAAUGACAGACUGUCGUAUGGGAAACUGUUCCACCACCUCGUCAUGGCUCCUUUCCUGUUCACACUGCCCGCCAGAUUCCUGCUGGAACACGAGACGGAGAUCCAGAUGCCUCUCCUAUGUGCAAUCGGAUGUCUAGUCCCAUUCUUGAUUGGAGCAGUAGUGUUCUACCAGUCGAACCACAUGAAGGCUCUGUUCAAAAAGGACCCCAAUGCGCCCAACACUUCCCACCUGCUGAGCAUCACGAGUGGAAGGGGAGAGAGGGAGGUGAAGCUGAUCUGCAGUGGGUUGUUCGCUCUGGUCAGACACCCCAACUACCUCGCAGAUCUCCUCAUGCACUUCUCAAUCGCCCUCCUCACGGGUCACGCCUCUGCGAUUGCCUACUUGCCGUUUGUGUAUCUCCUCGCCUACAGUGUCUGCAGGAUCUUCAGGAUGGAGUCGGAACUCUCUAAGCGAAGCGUCUCUUCAUACAGUGCCUGGAGCCAAUACGCGAGACAGGUCAAAUCACGACUACUCCUCAAAGUAUUCUGAACAGGACUGACGUCUUUCAAAUGGAUACAGAAAUGCUUGUAAAGCAGAUUUUUAUGGAACUCAAGAAAACUUCAUGAUUAUCUUUAUUGGUCUACUUUAUUAGUUUCUUUCGAGCUAUUUUUGUACGAUGUCCGUCUUUCAUUUUACCUAAUUUCUUGAAUUUCAUCGUCAAAACUUGAUAUGGAGACUUAAAUGUGUUUUGGUUGUUAUGAUUUGGAGAGUGGCUGGAGAUAUAUUGCUUCUUUAUUUGUAAAACUAACACAUCCUUAACUUUUAGUUUUCACCUAUCAGUUUCUGUUUUUUAAAUGAUUAAUCUUUUAUAUGUGAUUGUUUACUGAAUUUUUCUCUUUGUUUUUGUGGUUACAUAAGUGAAAGUAGUGAUUUUUUAAUCUUGUCUUUGUAUAACGCGUAGAUCUAAUUCUCUCUAAUUUAUUUUCUGUUCGACACAUUGUUUAUCUCUAAUUCCUGUCAGGAUGGCAAGCUGAGUUGAACUAUAGGUGAACUCAUUUUUUGUAUGAUCAUUCCUUGUCUAUUUCGGUUUGCCGACCUUUAGAUAUUUCUGUAAGAAUGGAGCAUUCAAAUAGUAAAUUCAGUUUCUGUCAACGCGAUUCUCUGUCAAUUUCUUAUUUGCCGUAUCACUUAUCAGCUCAACCAUUAUCUUCGUAUACUUAGUGACCAAGUGCAUAUUAUUUUGAAAUAACCCCAACUCUACUCAAAAAUGAUUCUUUCACUAGUGCAGUUCGUUAUAUUUGUUCACUCUAAUGGCUUUAGACUUCCUAGGUUAGAGUUUGUGACAAUUAGGUCAGAAAAGCGAGUGUAAAGUUAGAGUUUGUCUAUUAGAAAGUGAAAAUAAAUGCUUAGCGUGUCUCUGCGAA